AGUGCUGAGCUGUCGCCGCUACGGAAGAGACGUGGCGGCCCUGGCUGUGUGCGCUGUGCCGCGAUGUGAUUGGCCAGGGCUGUGUCUGGCGGUCAGAGAGUUGCACCCGCAGCCGGGGAGAGGAUGCCUUGGAGGGAGGUGACUGCUCGUGCUCCGGCCCUGCUCGUCUUGUGCGGGGUGUUGUGCAGCGGAGUGAGGGCGCUCCCGGCAAUCAGCGAUGACAUCCCGUUCCGCCUCAAUUGGCCCGGGUCGGACUUCUCUCUGCCAACCACAGGAAUACCAUACAGAGAAGACAACUACAUCAUCAUGACCACGGCCGAUAAGGAGAAGUACAAGUGUCUGCUCCCACUCACUGCCAGCGAUCACCAGGAAGAAGAAAGAGAAUAUAAAGGUCUGUCUCCUGGAGAACUGUUAGAACCGCUCUUCAAACAAACCAGCUGCUCCUUCAGGAUUGAAUCGUACUGGACAUAUCAGGUAUGCCAUGGAAAACAUAUUCGUCAGUAUCAUGAGGAGAAAGAGGCAGGACAGCAAUCGAAUAUUCAAGAGUAUUACCUCGGAAACAUGAUGAAGAAAAGCUCAUCUGACACAGGUGAGAAACAGGAAGAAGGAGAAAUAGCUGGAAUCCAUAGAGAUAUCCCAGCCAAAAACAUUGAAGGACAGAUGACACCGUAUUACCCCGUUGUAAUGGGGAAUGGAACACCAUGCAGCUUGAAACAGAACCAACCCCGUAGCACGACAGUCAUGUAUAUAUGUCACCCAGAUGCCAAACACGAGAUCCUGUCUGUAGCCGAAGUCACUACAUGUGAAUAUGAAGUUGUAAUACUGACACCUCUUCUUUGUACCCAUCCCAUGUACAGGUUUAAAACCUCUCCUAUAAAUGAUAUCUUUUGCCAGUCAAUGCCAGGGUCACCACUAAGGCCACAAAGCCUAUUGAAAUUGGAACAGCAGCGGGAGAUGAUGAAGGCACCAUUUAAGCCCAACAAAGAGGAAGAGCAGCAAAGCAUUAAGGACAAGUUCUCCACCAUCCAUAAGCCGGUGACGGUGGGCUCCCAGCAUCUUGUCACUGUGGGGACCACACACAUUUCCAAGCUGACAGACGAGCAGUUGAUCAAAGAGUUUCUCACAGGAUCAUAUUGUUUUCAUGGGGGUGUUGGGUGGUGGAAGUAUGAAUUCUGUUAUGGAAAAUAUGUCCAUCAAUAUCAUGAGGAUAAGGACACUGGCAGAACGACCCUUGUUGUUGGCACUUGGAAAGAAGAACAACAUUUUGAAUGGGCCAGAAAAAAUGUUGCAAGGUUGUACCAUCCCCCUGACGAGGGCGUGCAGAGCGUUAGAAUGGUGUCACAUUUCUAUGGUGGUGGCGAUAUCUGCGAACUGACAAAUAAGCCUAGGCAGGUGAUCGUAAAACUAAAGUGUAAAGAGUCCGAGUCUCCCCAUGCUGUCACUGUAUAUAUGCUCGAGCCACAGACUUGUCAGUACAUACUUGGCGUGGAAUCCCCAGUAAUAUGCAAGAUUCUUGAUACAGCUGAUGAAAAGGGGCUCCUCUCAAUUCCCAACUGAGACAAUAAAUGAAGAAUGUUCUGCUGGGACCUCUAAUCAAGCAGCGGGAUCAAGUGUACAAAAUUUCAAAGAACAUUUGUGUAUAUGUACGUGUGUAUAUAUUGGAUAAUACAGAUUUUAAAUACAAUAAUCUUUUUUUAUAGGUUUCUGAAACUUUUUUUUCUUCAAGGCGUUUCAUGAUAAUGACUGUUACGGGUACUAUAUAUAUGAGCUUUGUGUUAAUAUUGUUAUAAUGUGCUGCAGCAAGUGUUUCAUGCUCUGCAGUAUACACUAUAAGGGAAAUUUACUAUGAAGUAAACAUUUCAAGUCAGUUUUGCU